AUGAAGCUGACGGAUUACCUGAUGGUCGGCAACGUACUCCUAACUCCUCCGUUGCGGGUGUCCAUGGGCGGCGCUGAUUGCUUGCCAUCGGAUGAGGAAAUCGACGAGCUCCCAUUCAUGGCUUCACUUGGACCAGUUCUCACCAUUUUGGCAGUUUAUUUGGUCUUCGUAUUGAAAAUUGGUCCAGUGUUCAUGAGAAAACGGGAGGGAUACAAGCUUACAUACACACUACUCAUCUAUAAUGCCAUCCAAGUUGCAUUUUCUGUUUAUAUGGUUUACAGAUUUCUGCUCGAUCUCUUAAACAUGGGUCUGGUUCCAAAGAAGUGUUAUAUGAAUGAAGACAGCUCAAGGAACAGAAUUCAGUUCGUGUCUAUCAUCAUCCAAUACGUAGCAACUGUACGUGUGUCAGAGUGUCCACCAGCAAGAGGUGUGGCCAUUUUUGUGUCAUGCAACACAGGAGUCAUACUCCUACUCUUCCUCAACUUCUACCGUCAGAGCUACAAUAAGAAAAGAGCUGGCAUCAUUAGCAAUGUCUCCCUACCAUCGUUGUGCCUACAAAAAGAAGAAUAGAGUGCAAUAAUAAAUUAAUAAGUGAAAAACGAAAUAUCUGUGAUGACAUUGACAUUUUUUGAUUUUGAAAUUGGAAAAGGGUUAUUGGGUAAAAGUUGAUUUUUUGAAUUUUUAUUUCAUAACGAUUGUUGUAAAUAGUUUAUUAUUUAUUAUUAUUUUUAAUGUAUGAAAUAGACUUGUGUAUUAUAUACUUUUUUAUUUUUAUAAACUGAACGGAGCUAAAUUGUCGAAUAGUUCCCUAAGAUUCUUUUAGGCUGUGAUGUUUUAACGGUUGGUUUUCUAUAGUUUUUUCUUUCAUUUUAUUCGUAGA